AUUCCUGGUUGCCCCAUCCACGUUUAAUGAUUGGCUACCACUGUUACGCAACAGCUUUUCAGCAAAUCUGAGCUUUGCAGCUAUCAGCGCUGUGUUAUGCCAUUGGUUAAAAUGUGAACUGGCCGUCUGAUUGGUGCUGUGUGUAAAACAGACGAUAAGUGAGCUAAUUUCGUUUUCAAGAAAGAGGGCAGUGUGGCUGGCUAGGAUGAAUGAUCUUCCCUGGAGUAACUUAAAUUGGUUGUUUUGAAGACUGGUUUAAUUACACUGACGUGUAGCUUCAAGUGAUAUAUCUUUGCCAUGGCUUAUCCAGCACAAAGUGGGUUCAGACAGCGUAAGUUACAGCCCAAAAUGAGGAUGAGGACCACUUCGACAGAUGGCGCAGAACCCAGCCCACUAUUCGAGGACACCAGCGCCGGACCAGGGGUAGCCGGCUACAGCAGAGCCCAGGACAAGGGACCAGCAGCCUACCCAGCCCAGACACUGCUCUCUGACCCCAUGUCCAACCUAGCCAUGGCCUACGGGAGCAGCCUAGCCAGCCAGGGCAAAGAAAUGGUGGACAAAAACCUUGACAGAUUCAUCCCCAUAUCCAAACUGAAGUACUAUUUUGCAGUGGACACUAUCUACGUUGGGAAGAAACUCGGGUUGCUGGUGUUCCCAUACAUGCACGAGAACUGGGAAGUGAGCUACCAGCAGGACACCCCAGUGGCGCCACGCUUCGACAUCAACGCCCCUGACCUGUACAUUCCAGUCAUGGGCUUCAUCACGUACGUGUUGGUUGCAGGCUUAGCGCUGGGAACGCAGAACAGGUUCACCCCUGAGAUCCUGGGGAUGCAGGCCAGCUCUGCGUUGGUGUGGCUCAUCAUUGAGGUCCUAGCUACGCUGCUCAGCCUCUACCUGGUCACCGUCAACACAGACCUCACCACCAUUGACCUGGUGGCCUUCUCUGGAUACAAAUAUGUUGGUAUGAUAGUAGGGGUCGUGGCAGGACUCCUCUUUGGGCGAACGGGAUACUACCUCACACUCCUAUGGUGCUGUGUCUCCAUCUUUGUGUUCAUGAUCCGCACCCUGCGCCUCAAGAUCCUGUCGGAGGCGGCGGCCGAGGGCGUGUUGGUCCGAGGGGCCAAGAACCAGCUCCGCAUGUACCUCACCAUGUCUAUAGCGGCCGCCCAGCCCAUCUUCAUGUACUGGCUGACCUUUCAUCUGGUCAGGUAAACAAAGGCAGAGGUGAACAGAGCCGACAGCGCUACCAAUCCCACAGGACGCAGCCCAACAUCCGGUGUCCACCGGGGUUCCAUCCAGUCACCGCGGUAACGUAAACAGCAGAAGCAGCCUGCAGCAUUCAUGACAGGAAAACGUCAAAAACAAAGGAUUUUUCUACACACGUUCGGCCAUCACACAGACAGGUUUUUCUUUUUCUUUUUUUUGCACGAGGAGAGUGAAAUAAAUGGGACUGGCCAUGCCGUCACAGUUUCACAGCACAAGGGGUUUUUUUGUCGACUUUAUUUUUUUGGAUGCUUGUCUUGUUUUUGUUCUUUUUCUAUGUAAAUGUAUUGAGCAAUCAUUGACUUUUCACGUUUUUGUAUAAUAUAAAAUGACAUGAACGUGUGCAAAUCCCAGUGAUGUGGCCAAAGUCCCUAAAACGCUAAUCACUCAAGAGAGGCUAUUGUGGAGCUACGGAUGGACCUGUGCACUGGCCUUUGCAUGGAGAGAGAGACACCGUCCACUUUUUUUUUUUCUUCUUUUUUUGCUCUAACACAAAGUCCUGUCUGCGUGGCUGCCUCUGUGGCAAGAUGAGCCGAUGGUGAGACUGGCUCAUCUCUAUGAUGUGUAGGCGUAUUGCCUGUGUGUGUGUGUGUGUGUGUGUCUGUCUGUCUGUCCCAUUUUUAAGUCAUAAUGUGCAUAAUAUGCAGCAUUUCUGUGAUAACCCUAAAAUAUGUGGAAAACCAGGGCUGUUGGCCAGGCCCAACCAUACCUGGUAUGUUUUUUUAAUGUCUUGUUAUCAAAUUGAUAUUAAAUGUGUGCAAUGCCAGUGCUGGAAUGUCAAGUCACAGAUAAACGUUGUUCUUUAAUUUCUUUUUUUUUUUGCAUUUCAUCCUUAUUUUCUACAUCUCGCAUCCUCAGGAAGGCUCUGCCUUAGAAAAGAGGGACAUACGUUCAUGUUUGAAAUAAAUAGAAAAACUGGAUUUUUUUUUUGAUUGACAUAAAAUCAUGAAUUUCUCCAGAUCUUUUGGGACCCACCACUCCAUCACAUUUUCUGUGUUAUUUAUCUCAUAUCAAGUCAAGUCUGUUGUUAGCGCUUAGCCUGGUAACAGAACACACACGACUGUAUAACAUGAGUUUAAACUGCUUCUGUUCUCCAUACCUCGUGUUUAAAACAGCGAAGCCAAAUGUCGGCUUUAAAAGAUGCCCAAUAAAGCCAGGUGUGUUGCA